AGGUCAAUCAGCCAUCUUUGAAGGAGUUUCUGGUGGGUUAGCGUUUGCUUUAUCUAGCUACUAGCUAGUUUGCGAAUAAGCGUGGUUUUAGUUCGGUUGCAGCAUUCACAUGUGUUGUCAAAGGGAAUCGGUUGAUAAACAUCUGAUUUUGCAUGAUACACAAACAACUACUUUCGAGUUCCACUCGGGUUACAGACUUCAGUGAGUAGGUUAGCGAACAGGCUAGCUAAAAAUAUAGGCUACCUAGCUUGCCUUGGUAGGGUACUUGUGGCUUGCAAGCUUUCUAGCAAAUUCUGUGUAAACAAACGCUACGUGCGUGGAGGUUUUCGAACUAUCAGUUAGAGGCUGCACAUUUCAUUAAUAGCUAUAAUCUUCAACUUAGGUUAGCUAGUUAUUGCACCAAGGUAAAGUUGGAAUAAACAAGACAAAAAAGUGGCUGUAGGGUGACGAGGUCAGGAACACCAUGUCGUCUUUCUCUGAGUCUGCUUUGGAGAAGAAGCUGUCUGAGCUCAGCAACUCCCAGCAGAGCGUCCAGACGCUGUCGCUGUGGAUUAUCCAUCAUCGCAAACACUCGUCCCUCAUCGUCCGAGUAUGGCACAGAGAACUAAAGAAAGCUAAAAGCAGCAGAAAGCUGACCUUUCUGUACCUGGCUAAUGAUGUGAUUCAGAACAGCAAGAAGAAAGGUCCAGAGUUCACCAAAGACUUUGAAACAGUUCUGGUGGACGCCUGCUCUCAUGUCGCCAGAGAAGCAGAUGAUGGCUGUAAGAGGCCUAUGGAGCGUCUCCUCAACAUCUGGCAGGAGAGGGCCCUCUACAGGGCCGACUUCAUCCAGCAGCUGAAGCUGGCCAUCGAGGACUCCAACAGCCCCAAACCUGCAGAGGAGAAGAAGCCUGUGAAACGGACCUACCAGAAGGUUCAGGAGGAGGAGGAGGAGGAGGACGAUGACUACAGAUGCCACGGCUCUCCUCACGUGAUCGACGCCUCGGGGCCUCAGCUGACGGAGGAGCUGGUCAAGGCCCUGCAGGACCUGGAGAACGCAGCUUCGGGGGACGCUGCUGUGCGUCAGAAAAUCGCCUCGCUUCCCCAGGAGGUCCAGGACGUGUCUCUGCUGGAGAAGAUCACUGACAAGGAGGCGGCAGACAAGCUGUCCAAGAUCGUGGACGAGGCGUGCCUGCUGCUGGCCGAGUACAACGGGCGCCUGGCGGCCGAGCUGGAGGACCGCAGGCAGCUGGCGCGCAUGCUCACAGACUACAUCAGCUGUCAGAAGGAGGCCCUGACCGAGAGGGAAAAGAAGCUGGAGGAGUACAAACAGAAGCUGGCGCGGGUGACGCAGGUGAGGAAGGAGCUCAAGUCCCACAUCCAGAGUUUGCCGGACCUGUCCCUCCUCCCCAACGUGACGGGAGGCCUGGCCCCCCUGCCCUCCGCCGGGGACCUCUUCUCCACCGACUGAGCCCAGAGGCUCCUCCUCUCUCACUCCGCCCCGCCCUCCAGCCCUGCCCAGCUUGACCCUGCUCCAACCCCUACCCCUCCACCAGGAGACUGGUGCGUCCUACCAGUCUCCAUCUCCCCUUCCCUCCAGACCCCUCUCACCCCCCCAUCACAGCCAGGCCCACUCAUGGCUGCCAACUCUCAACCCCGGCCACUUUAGACCCCUAGGGACAGAAAUGAAAUCCCCCCCCCCUUCUCCCUCCCUCCUAACCCCCUACCUUCCAGACUAUGUGGGAGAGGAGUUCUAUCUCCCAAAAGGUCCAUGGUCGUAGAAGAUUCCGCGCCACCAGCUAAGACACAAAGCCCUGUUUUAGUUUUUACUCUGCAGCAACGCCAGCAAACUCAACACUCUGUUGGGAGAAGUACCCAAGCUAAGCUAAAGAGCAUAGUACAGUAUAGUUCAUGUUUGUACUCAUAAAGAAGAAGAAGUAGGAGGAGGGAAGGGUUUCCUCCUGCCUGGUAAUCCGCUCUGACUCCUCCCCCAAACGGAAGCAUCCUCUUUCUGUUAACAGUUUUAUGUAAGCAGCUUUGUAUUGUUGAUGGAAAGUGUUUUUUUUUUUGAGAGGUGGGGGUGUUUUGAUCGUGUGACUGCUGUGAGUUCAUAGGGGGAAGGGGAUUCAAUUGUUAAGUUUCAGCCAUAUUAUUACCAACCGUCUGCCAUAAUCCCAGCUCAAGCAAUCAGAUUACAGAUGUUUCAGAGCACAUUGUACCAUAUCUCCACCCUCCAGCCUGUCAGCUGACUUUUUCUGGAUUGUUCUCCAGACGUUACAGCAGAUGGUCAGUCCUGGAUCCUUCUCGUUAGCCAAUCACGUCUCACCACCGUGUUUAGAACUCGACAGUGGGAGGGCUCCGAGGCCUGUUGUUGACUUGGCUGUACCACAGCAUCGCUUCGAAGAUCCACGUUCACCCACAGAGUGUUGGGGGUUGACGAACUGAACUGAACUGGUACGAGGGUCGGGCCAGACUGCAUACCUGCAUCAUGUUCCAAAAUUGUCAAACUAGCAAAGCACUGUCAGGCCCAGAUCUGGGGGACGGACACACUUACUCCACCUCAUGUAUUCUCACUGCAGUCAGUCUGUCUCAUCCUCAGGUGCCCAUAGACAACUCCUGUCAUGGUUUUUAUAAUGGAAGACAAUCUGAGAGAGCCAGUUCCUCAGUGUGGACCACUGCCCAGUUGAUCUGUCAGAUCAGAGCUGGCCAAUGGUGUGGAGAAGCGGCAGCAACAGGUCAUCUUAUUGGCUAGACCGACAGUAGGCUUUAGAUCUUUCUUACCCGGUUACUGUUUCUCUCUGCACAUACAGACUACUGCUGCAGUAGGUUUUUUCAGUAAUAAAAGUGAUUCAGUGGCAACAAAUAAAAUGGAACCAUUGGAACAAACAGUGUGUGGGCUGACUUUUAUUAUUUAUUACGUCUAGUAAUGUGACAGCUCAGCUGAAUAAAAUAAAAA